ACUCUCCUAAAGAGAGCAAUGCUACAGAGGAUUAUCAAAUAUUUCACUGUGUCUUUUUCAUUCCUAAGCAGCGGUCGAAUAAUAUAACUGCGAAAACAUGCUCAUACUUCGUCAAAUCAGUACAUGCGUCUACUCCUGGAUUCUCAUGGCCACAUUAGCUGAUACGACGUACAGAGAGGAUGUCCUGCGGAGAUAUUUUAACAAGCUUGUUCCCCCUAGGAUGAAAUUCAAUUUGCCGGAUCAUUAUUUUGCUCUCCGUAAUCCUUUUGACGUCAAGGGUACUCAGUAUAGAUUCAACCUAACGGCUGGGAAACUUCGUGUUAAAACCCCCGUUUUAACAAUAUUUGACGGAAAAGCUUGCAAGAUCAGCCGUGCACUGAUGAAAACAGUGCAAUGCAUAUUUCCAAUUGAUGGCUCCUCUGCGAAUUACACCGGCAAGUUAUCCUACGGGCGACACGUUGUUCAGACGUUCAAAGUGAAGCUUACUGUCGAAGCGUACACGUAUGAAAAUUCAGGCUGGAGAAACCCUGCGGAUAUAUCUGUUUACAUGAGGCCCAAGAUGUCUGCAGGGAAAACACGUCUCGCAGCAACCGACAUAUUCGUUACGGAAUUUAUAGUGAAAAUAACCGUGAAGCCCGACUUUCGCAAUUCCUCAGUGUUUCACGGCAACAGCACAAUCAUCAACAAAGUCUACGACGGUUUUUGGGACUAUGUGUAUAGAAAGAGCAAGCCAGAUAUGCGAAAAGUAGCGAGAGACUCCUACGCUAGACAACUGGCCAAGAACGCAGAAAAAACACCGAUAAUUGAGUGGUUGUUCUGGAAACAGUGAGAAGGAGCAUGUAAAUCGAAACAAGAAUGAUGAAGUGUCACCAGCUGUAGAAUAUCCAAUAAAAUUUAAUGAAAGUG